GUCCAUUUACAUAAUGCGGCAUCCCUCACCAAACCGGUUGCUCGGCCAGAAGAGCCACAUGUUCAGGACACCAGAAUCAAAUGCUACAAGGUACAAUUCAAGCGCGACACCCAACUCAAAUAGGCGGGGCACAGCUAGGAAAGGCCCUGCCGACUUUGCAAACCAUCUUCGUGCCCGGUAUCCGAGCCUUUUCUCACACCCAGUAGCAAUUUAUCUGAGAGAACACAAUGCCCGUGUCAUGCGCAACAUGUUCGAAUUGCAGCAGGCAUCACACGACGAGAUGGUUGCUUUUGCAGACAAGAUAAUGAUUAGUUUAGCCGAUGGGUUUUUACCGAGUAACUUCAACACCCCUGGGCAUGAAACUCAUGCAUUGCGAGACAUUGCAAUUGCUGGUGCAUCACAUACCCCUAUCAAUGUCCCACCAAUCCGUUCUUUGGGUGCUAGCUUGCCGCCUGCAGUACAUGCGGAUGCUUGCUCGGCAACUCAUUCUAAUAGCCACAGUCUAGUGCCUGGGAAGCGCAAGGAGCUAGGUACAACACCAUCGAGCAGCCGGCACUCUGUUGGAUCAGCUACAUCCGGCAUACACAGCACGGGUGGACCAAACAUGAAGAGAAUAUGUAUCCAGCAGCCCUCAUUUGAAGAUGACAAUGAUAUUUGUCCUCCAUAUAGCAAAGGGAAGACAAGUCAUUCGCACCGCAAUAACCCAGAUGCUUCAUGCGCUGAAUCAAAGGCCGCGGCACAGUUUGCUAGUGAUAUCAUAUCAGAGUUAAUAAUCUUAUAUGCAGACAAACACCCAGAUGGAUGCCAAGGCUCGAUUACUUUUGGCCAGAGUUUUUAUGAACACAAUGAGAAAAUCCUGCUAGCUGGAGCUAACAUGGCACGCGAUCCUUGGUCAGCUGGUUCCGUGCCAUCCGCCCCGUCAGCAAUUGCAUGUUCAGCUAUAAAGGAUUGGUUUGCUAGCACAGCAGAGUGUACAUUGUCUAGGGUCUGGGUCAUCCACAAGUGUCCAAGGCUAAUAUACAUGACCGGGACACACAUUGCUGACCAGCUUAUUAAGGGCCAACCGAUGAGUCAUGAGAUGUGCGCAGUCAUUAUGCGGCGGUUCGGCCAGAUCGACGCAACGCUAAACUGCGAUGAACCUGGGCUGAGGUGGAAAAAAUUCAUGGAGCCAGACUUUGCUACCUUUGCUAUUGCCGAUGGAGAGCUAACAACAAUUAGGUCUAUCCGGCAACAAUUCAAGCAAGAUCCCAUGUCAUUCAAAGUUGCAUCCUUUCGUAUGUUUUAUGCUCCUGCCAUUCUACCAUUGGGGUGGUGCCUAUACGCCUUUGAUUUCACAAAGAAAAAGAUUACCGUUCUAGACCCACUCGUUGGCACGACUGGUUUCAGCAACGAAAGCAUCAGGUUGCACGAGUACGCAACCGGGAAAAUCCUUGAUGGGUUGUUCUUGUGUGCGAGGCACUUCUACUCCAACUGGCCCUACAAAAUAGAAAGAUGGACCAGGGACUUCCCCAUGAUCAUGGAGGACAAUUUUACUAGCGAGGAAUCUGGGCUUUGUGUGACUUUCUUAUCCAAAAUUUUCGAUGGUGAGAAGCUCGUGAAGUCACUAAACAAGCAAUUGAUGAGCAUAUUGGAAGCCGCAACACCUUUUAAGGUAAAUGUUUUUUGUUGUCAAUUCCAUGUUUGCCUCCAUCACAACGACGCGAUGUUCCCUUCGAGUGUUCUGAACAAAACACGCGAUGUUCCCUUCGCAAUACACUUGCACUAAAAUAACCACCUAAAUAUAACUUGUACCAAUGGAAAUUAUUUGUGAGGAAAACUUAUAGGUGUAGAAGUGUGCUGCACUUGUUGACAUCCUAUAUACCAGAAGUGUUGCGCCAUGGUCACCGAUUUUGCUUCACUUGUCCAUCCAUCUAAAAAAUGUUACAAAUGGUCAUCACACACUUCCACUGCCCUUUGCAUGGCCAAACAUCCUGUCCCAUAUACUGUCCAAGAUAAGAUAGGUAUGUUUUCGUUUUGAAAAUCUCUAGUUUUUCCAUUAGAUUUGACUGAUCAACUCACAUGCAUUCGCAUGAAAGGCACCCUUUGGCAUAACCCUAGGCA